UUGCAAAAAGCAGACAACAGAAAUGGAGUACAUGGGUAUCCAGCUCUUAUCAACAGGAACAAAUCUUUUACUUUCAGUGCAAGCAGCAAAUUCAAGUAGUACAGAAGGUCACAACAACAAAGGUUUUUAUAACUUGUGUCUUUAAAGGAUAUUCUGACUGAAGAGAUAUUUAAGAAGCUCUUCUAUUUCGCCAUUAACUAUUAAGGAAUAACGAUCAGAAUUCUAGAAGAGGGAACAAUCUCAUUUAAAUGAAUCUGUAACUCGUAAAGACAGAAGGCAGGUCGGUGACCUAAGAGCAACAGUCUACUUGAGAUUUAAUUUUCAUUAUGUUGUUCAUGAACACCCAGAACACUGCACUAUAAUGCACAAAUGGAUACUGACAUGGAUCCUGCCAAUUUUGCUCUACAGAUCAUACUUUUACAUUAUCUUUCUAAUGGGCACUAUAUCUUUAGCUUGCAAUGACAUGACUCCAGAGCAAAUGGCUACAAAUGUGAACUGUUCCAGCCCUGAGCGACAUACCAGAAGCUAUGAUUAUAUGGAAGGGGGGGAUGUAAGAGUGAGAAGACUUUUCUGUCGAACUCAGUGGUAUAUGAGGAUUGAUAAGCGAGGCAAAGUAAAAGGGACAAGAGAAGCAAACAACAACUACAGUAUUCUAGAAAUCCGAACGGUGGCCGUUGGAAUAGUGGCAAUCAAAGGAGUGGAAAGUGAAUACUUUCUGGCAAUGAACAAGUCAGGAAGACUCUAUGGAAAGAAAGUAUGCAAUGAGGACUGCAACUUCAUAGAACUGAUUGAAGAAAACCAUUAUAAUACAUAUGCUUCUGCAAAAUGGACACACAAAGGAAAGGAGAUGUUUGUUACGUUAAACCACAAAGGGGUCCCCAUGAAAGGUAAAAAAACAAAGAAAGAACAUAGAGCAUCCCACUUUCUUCCUCUGGCAAUAUCCUAAUCACAAAUGAUCUAUAAAGAACUAGUUCCAGCAGGAAGAUUAUUUUUAAGAAGAUUAUUUGACACGAUAUCAAGAGAGGCUGGAAUACUACUGAGAAACUGAACAAGCUGGACUUGCGCAUUUAUGUUUAUUUUUAAGAGACUACAUGAAAAAGAUUUGAAAAUAUACACAAAACCAGAUUUACUAACUAAAAGUUGUAAAAAAUUCUAAAGAGUUGUACAAUCAUUAUCUUAGUCAUUGUAACUGGGUAGUUUCUUAAAUUAAUUUACCCUGAAGAAUAAGUCAUUACUUGAUUAUCUGAUAAUAUUUUAUUUAAAAAACCCUAUCUGCUUCUUAAAUAUGGCUGCUAUAAUAAUAAUAAGCAGAUGAUAAUGUUGUGUAAAAUACGUCAGACUUUAAGGCUGCUGGAAUGAGUUGUCAGAUUAUCAAGUCAAUAGUAAACGUGGAGGCUGAGCAGUAUUUUAAAUACUUCCCCCAAGAAACUGAUAUCCUAUACAUAAACUAUAUGAUCAGAAAAAAAAAAAAAAUCUUGUAAAUGUUUAUUAUUGUAUUCAGAUAAAAGAGUUAGUUUGGAAAAAUUAAGUUUACUCUACUACAAAAUGUUCCUAUCUAUUAAUGAAACAAAUACCUAAUGCUGCUCUAAAAGAUGUUUCAAAUAGUGUAUGUAAAAUAAGAAUAGGAAUAAAUAAUGUACUUCAUCUCACUUCUCACAAAUUAACAUUUUAUAUAACGAUGAAGCAAAAAUUCAGACAUAUUACAGUUUUUUUAUGUAACAUAUCCUAUCUUUUAUAUAAUUCCUGUUAGGGCAUACAGCUUUCAAUAUUGUUUUUCCAUCCUUAUACAUGCUUUUUCUGUUGUUACAGCAUUAAACUUAUUUUAAGUUGUA